UGCGUUCAUACCGGAAGUUGUUGUCGGAAUUGUCCGUGUGUUCUUUUGCGGCGCUCGCUGGUCUGGCUGACAGCUACCUGGGUGAAGAUCCACCAUUUUCCCUCGCAGGCGAGUGACGGAUGACACGGAACUGCUAUUAUGUCAAAGUCAAAAGCUAAGCAGACCUGCCACGUGGUUGGAUGUUUAGAUCGGCACACAUCACUACAUCGCCUCCCAGCCAGAGAGGACAUCAGGGCAAAGUGGAUUCAUUUUAUUUACAAUGGAAACAUCCCGUCCUCUGUCAGCAAAAAUCUUGUCGUCUGUGCCAACCACUUUGCGUCGGACUGCUUUAGCAACCUCGGUCAGUAUAAAGCUGGUCUGGCAAUGAGACUCUUUAUAAAAGAUGGAUCCAUACCAAGUGUCCGUGGCAAAGACACGGAUGAGGGAAGUGCAACCAAGUCUGCACUGGCAGCCGUGGUACAUCAUGUGGCCUGCCAGACAGACCCCCCGGCAACACGCAGAGUUGGCACGCAGCUGUCCAUGCAAACACUCCAACGUAACUUCAAAAGUACUGAAGUAGAUGUAAGAAGCUCACCCGUUGCUUCCCCAAGACCAUGUAAAAGAGCUCGCAUGGAACUGGAUGAGGAUAAGGAGAACCCACUAGAGGGCAGCUCUUUUAUGGACAUUCCAGACACUCUGGAUCCAACCUGUGAGGACCCUGCCACAGUUUUAACUGAUUCAGCAAAUGCAACGCUGGAGUCUUCUGAUUCUGUUCAUAAGAUGGCAGCAUAUAUUGUCCACGAAAGGUGCCUACUGGAGCUGUUUGAGGUGUGCCCUGUGUGUCAACGGAUUACUGAUGUGCAGACAAGAAGCAGAAGCACAUUCCUCUCUGUAGCACAGCAAUGCCGACACUGUCGGUACUCCAGAAAAUGGAAUAGUCAGCCAAUCGUUGGAGACACACCUGUGGGAAACCUCCAGCUUUCAGCUGCUGUGUAUACUACAGGCUCAUCUUUCUUCAAACUUAAAAAGAUCUUCCGGGCAAUGCGGAUGAAGACGUUUCCGUAUGACACCUUUCGAAGACACGCACAGACGUAUAUCGAACCUGCUAUCGUACACAAAUGGAAGACUGAGCAGGCUGACAUGCUGCGGCGCCUUAGUCAACAACAGAAUGUUAUCAUAGGUGGCGACUUACUCCUUAGGUCUGACUCCCCAGGCCAUUCUGCCAAGUUUGGCAGCUACUCAAUGAUGGACCUAAGGAGCAACACCAUUGUUGAUGUGCAGUUGCUUCAGAGCAAUGAAGUAGGUGGAAGCAAACACAUGGAGAAAGAGGGCUUGAAGAGGAGCCUUACUCUGAUGGAAGAGCGUAGUGUGACUCUGCAAAGUAUUGUCACAGAUUGUCACCCGGACAUCGAGAAAUUACUGGAGGAGGCCAACAUCACACAUUACUAUGAUGUCUGGCAUAUGGAAAAAGGUCUGUCCAAGAAACUGGGGAAGAUUGCGCAGAAGAAAGCAUGUGAGAAACUGAACAAGUGGCUUUGCAGCAUAAAGAAUCAUUUGUACUGGACAGCAGUUUCUUCUCCUUUUGGGCCUGAACGAGUGGCAAAGUGGACCUCGAUACUUAAUCAUGUCCAAGACAUCCACACCCAUGAUGAUCCAGUUUUUCCUCAGUGUUUGCAUUCACAAAACACCUCGACAGACAAGAGCAAAUGGUUGACAGCAGGAACACAAGCCUUCUGCAAAUUGGAAAAAGUGCUGACAAGCAAGAAAGUUCUGAAAGAUGUGCAAAGGUUGAGCCCUCACUACCAGACAUCAUCCCUGGAGGCUUUUCACGAUGUCAUUCUGUGUUUUGCACCCAAGAAUGUGUUCUUUCCUUUUCUUGGAAUGUUAUGCAGACUCUACCUGGCAGCAUUGCACUUCAAUAAAAAUGUUGGGCGCCCUCAAGCAACAUCAGCUCUUGAGGAAGGGGAAUGCACACCUCAACCAGAUUAUGUCGAGGAGGUGUUAGACCUCAUUUUUGAAAAGGUGUUCCCAGAUCCUGGCCCAUAUUGGGAAGCGGUCCUAAAGAUCCCGAUUCCAGAGGACCUGUCAGCCUAGUUUGAUCGACUGAACAGACGGGACGGAACCUAACACUUCAUGAAGUCUCACAGUUCCACAUUGUGUCUGAGAGCAUCUGGGAAUUUUGUUUGCGUCUGCAUCGUCAUACAGGCAGGAAUGACCAACCUGAUCUGUAAUCCCAACACCAGCUCGCAAACCUCCUCUCAGCAAGAUAUCUGUAAUGGCUCUGACAAAUGAACAAUGUACGCUCGAAUAAUAAUAAUUUAAAAAAAAAGGGGGGGGGGAAUUCAAAAUUACUGUCAUGUUGUCCUUUUAGUGUGACUCCUGUGAGAGCGAUAGUGUGUUGUUGUAACUAUAUUUGUGAUGAUAGUGUUUGGUGUGCUUGUACAUUGUAUUUGUAUCGGCAUGAGACCAAGCCACAAGCUUUUUAAUGGUAUCCAGUGAUUCUUAGUGUGGAACCACGAGAAUAAAUAUUAUGCAGUCGUGGUUUCAAAGCUAAACAAUUAACCAAUGUUCAAAUGAAUCAAUUAUUUUGUGAAUUGAUUAAUCAUUUCUAGCCAUUGUUUAACUUGAAAUAAUUAAAAUACUCCGAUUUCAGCCUCUCCACAGGAAAGAUUCCGUGAAUUCUGUAGCCCUUCAGAAAAGCAGUUUUGACUUUUUUUUUUUUUUUUUUUUUUGUGUUAAAU